GAUUUGCCUUAUUAUCAAUCGCGCGGCCGGCGAAUUCGGAGCAUGUAAUAGAGAAUCUAGUGAGAGUAGCAGUAAUAUAAGCAGACACUUCUCGUAACAAAAUAGGCAAUCGAUUACGGCAAGAUGUUAUCGUUGAUGAAUGUUACCGUCAUCCCGUUUCUGCUAGGAGCUCUAAUGUCCGUCGAAGACGUGAAAGAAUGGAAUUUCGGUCCGGUAUACGUAUUCAAACUGGAAAAACUCACUAGAGUGUACAUGGAUCUGGAGCUAGGAAUUUAUGUAGACGAAGAGGUAACUGCUAUGUUGUGGUGUCGUCCAAAAUUAUCGCUUCAAAGUAUCCAAGAUGUUCUGUUCUGUCAUACGAAGAACAUCACCGGCCGUACAAAUAUCACGCGGCAGAUAUAUUAUAAUUGGAAAGAUAUUUCUGAUCUCAUAUUGGAAAGAUCUGUUGGUAUAAAUGACAGAAAAUCCAUCAAUUUUCAUGAAAAAUCAAUAAAAAUACCGGAUCAUAUAUUUAAAAUAGAAUUUGGCAGGCAAGGUGUGCAGAAUUUUAAAGUGAAAGGAAGGAAAAAGGAGAUACAUCAUUAUGACAUCAUGACAGAUAUCAUCGAUCAAUUCAACAUUGGCACUGAUUUGAGUAUCGCAGCAGCAAACACCAUGGGAACUUAUACAAUCAAGAGACCAUAUGUAUUCAGCACUUUCAUGCUAUAUGAGGAAGACACGACGAGAGCUUCUAAAUGCAAUACGUCAGGAUUAAUUAUGUUUCCACUCAAUAUAUUAAAUCAAUAUAAUAAAUACGGAAAUGAUUUGGUCGAAGAAAAUAAAACGAAAUUUGGAUUUCAACUCAGAGUGCUACCGAUAUCUUACACGAAUCCCACCGGUAAGCUUUCAUUGAUAGAGAGAAAUAGAAUGGCAUGCACUCAUCAACCGCAAUACCUCAUGCUUUCUAACGUGAAAUGGAAGAUUCACAACACGAAACGGUAUUCUAACAUAAUGAAUAUCCGCGACAAAAACCGAAGGUUCACAAGUUAUACUCGUUUAGAGGGGGAUGUUUAUUUCCCAACGACCACAAGGACAAUAUAUAAUUUUCGGGAAAAUGUGUACCUCCACCUAGUCCGUAUCGAAGCUGCACGGAAAGAGCUUAAUACAGCUGAAUAUUAAUGAGACCGUUAUAAAAUCGAAGAAACUGACAAAU